AUGAGUACUGAAGUAGCAAGAAGAAUUCCAUUAAUAAUUGGAGGUAAAGAGAAUACGACAAGAGCUCAAGUAGCUGUCAAUUCCCAUACUUUCCCAGAAGAGUCCAUUCACACAUUUACAUCAUUUGAUAUUAAUGACACCAAGUUAUAUAGAGAAUUAUUUGAUUCAGCAAAUAAAGGCUUUGAAGAAUGGUCUGCUACACCUUACAACGAAAAAAUCAAAGUAUUCCAAAAGGCAGUUGUGUUAUUAAAGGAGAGAAAAGAUGAAUUUUUCAAGAGUCAUCAUGAAAUUGGGGGUCCUUCAUGGUUUGCUGGUUUUAAUGUUGAUGGAACCGUUGAUCAACUCGAAGAGUAUAUUAGUCAGAUGUCGAAUCCAACAGGUGUAUUGCCUCAAUCUUUAGAAUCAAAAUUGGCCAUUACUAUAAAGCAACCAAUUGGACCUGUAUUAGCCAUUGCUCCUUGGAAUGCUCCCAUUCUUUUGGCUGCUAGAAGUAUUGCAGCACCUUUAGCUGCUGGAUGUUCGGUUAUUCAUAAAUCUUCUGAAAAAUCACCGUUAGCUUCAUAUUUAUUUGUCAAAUGUUUACAUGAUGCAGGUUUACCAAAGGAUGCUUUACAAUUAGUUCAUGUUGCUCCUCAAGAUAACCCUCAAUUCUUAAAUGAAGUAUUGAGCUCAGGAACUAUUAAAAAAUUAAAUUUCACUGGAUCUACUGCUGUAGGUACGAAGAUUGCUACUGUAGCUGCUAAUUAUUUGAUUCCUUAUCUUUUAGAACUUGGAGGUAAAAACUUCUCCAUCGUAAGAAAAGAUGCCGAUUUAGAUAAAGCUGUUGGAAAUAUAGUUUGGAGUAGUUGGUCACAUAAGGGACAAAUUUGUAUGAGUACUGAUAAAGUCUAUAUUCAUGAAGAUAUUUACGAUGAAUUUAAAGAACGCCUUCAAAAGGUUGCCCCAGAAGUUGCAAAAGAUCCAGAUUAUAGUAUAUGUCAAAGAGAUCCUGUCUUUACAAAAAAGAUUAUUGAAUUAGUAGAAGACGCUGUAUCCAAAGGAGCAAAUAUCCUUUAUGGAAAUAUUGAUAAAGAAAAAGUUUUAAAAACAAAUAGCGUUCCUCCAUUAAUUUUGGAAGACGUUAAUGAAGAUUCAAUUUUGAAUAAUACUGAAAGUUUUGGUCCAUUAUUUUCUAUUCACAAAUAUAACGAUGAAGCACAAUUAAUUAAAGACUUAAAUGUUAAUUCAUAUGGACUUAAAGCCACUAUUUGGUCUCAGAAUAUAUUGGAAGCAAUUGAUAUUGCCAAGAAUAUAGAAACUGGAGCUGUACACAUUAAUAGUUCAAGUGUUCAUGAUGAGGUUACCAUACCACAUGGUGGUGUUAAAGGAAGCGGUCAAGGGAGAUUUAAUAGUUCAUGGGGUCUUGAUGAAUUCAAUAUAAUCAAAACCAUUACUCUUAAUUGA